AUGAAAACUAGUAAAAGAGAAGUGUGCAUGGAGCUGAAGUCAGUCAAAACUGAACUGGCAAUAUUGGAAGCUGAGCACAGCAUGAUGAUUUCAGAAAAACUAGAGCUGAGACGAGAUGUGCCCGGUAGACCAUAUACUAAUGAUGUGGACAAGUGCAUAAUGGAACUAUGCUGUGAACUAAAUGUGCCUACAACAAAGGUUGGCGAAGUCAUUGGUGCAGUAUGUAGGCAUAUAUUCAAAAAGGACAACAUUGAUAAUCUGCCGUCUGCUUCCACAGCGAACAAUAUGGUAGACCAAGCACACGUUCUUAGUAAGCUCCAGAUGGCUGAGGGCAUCAUCGGAUCUGAGAGAUGGGACCUUCAUGGGGAUGGCACUUCGAGAGAUGGAAAGAAAAUCCUUGGGCAACAAGUCACACUAAAUUCUGGUAAAACUUUGUCAGGAGGGUUUUCAGCAGUGGCGGUAGAAGAUGGGGUCACUCUUCUAGACAACAUAAUUGCUAUGAUGGAGGAACUUAGUGAUUUGUAUGGUGGUGAAGAAAAAGAGGAGGUCUAUAAGAAGAUGAAGAAAAUGUUUGCAACAAUGUCUGACAGGUCCAGUGUCAACAAGGCAUUCAACAAUCGACUGGAAUCAUACAGGGCAUCACUACUUGGGGACAAAUCUGUAGGGCUGCACUUUUUGUACUGCAAUGCACAUUUUUUGCUUGGUUUGUCAAAUAAUUGUGAAGGUGUUUUAAAGGAGCUGCAGAAGGACCUUGUGAAUGAGAAGGGUCAAGGAAUCGGUAGAGAUGCGGAGGUAAAAUUUGGACGUUUCAGUUCAUCAGGUGAAUCAGCUGCAGCAAGGUACAUCAGAACUGCAUGUGAUGUGUUGGGACCAAGGGGUGACCAGAAGAAUGGUUGCAGGACUAAAUGGGUGGCAUUCUGUUCAGAAACCCUGGGAGUGAACUCUGAAGUGUCCAGUUUUCGGAUGAAUCUGCUUCAAUAAUUUCUUUAAAGGAGCAGCAGGGUUAUUCUUUCACAGGACCCAAAUCCAUGAUUUUCUUCAUAAUUUUUGUGACUCCAUUAACAUGAAGCUUGAAAGUGUGAAGCUUGACUGUGACAGCAACAAAGUUCAAAGUCUUGUCAGAGCCCUUGGCAUCGUGUACUACGUCAUUACUGGUCCAUUUUGGAAUCUGUUGCAGAGUGAUGUACACUACCUAGACCAGUACAAGUAUGUCCAGGAGAUGUUGAAGAAAUUUAAAGGGUGGUCACAUGACAGCAGCAUGUUGUUGACUGAUCCAGUGAGUGUUUUCCCUGAUUUUGCAGUUCCAUUUGACAAGAUAUGGAAAUGUUUGCUGGAUGGUAAUGCGUCAGGUCGUACUUUGACCAGAACUGCAUUGGAAAAGAGCAUGGCAGGUUUUGUCAAGGUAACAAAGAAACAGCUGGCAGAUUUCUUGCCAGAAGGGUUAUAUGGGACAGCUCCGGAAGGUGAUCUUCGUGAGAAGAUGAUGCACUGCAAGCUCACUAAUCUAGUGUCAGAAUAUGAAUUUGGGGACCUUGAUUUCAGCCAGUUCAGACGAAGACAUGCAUCACUGCACUAUCAUUCAAGCGUUCAGAUGGCAAAAAGAAACAAGACUAUCUCUGGCUGGCUGAAAUCCAAGCCUGACAAGGAACAAGAAAGAUUGUUGGAGGUUGCUCGUAAAAAAAGUUCAGAGCUCAAACGGAAACACAGGGAGGCAGAGAGGGAAGUUGUUAGGAAGACAGAGGAGCGAUUAAUGGAGACAAACCGCAAGAAAAAAGAAAAAGAAGCACUAAACCUUGAACAAAAGAAAAAACUCAUUGAAGUUGUGAAACAACAUGGGGGCCCCUGUGUUAGGCCAAACGAUGUAGAUAUUGCAGU